UCACCUUAACAUUCACAAGAUUUUUAGGGCAUAUGGUGAAUCUGCUCCUCUGAGCUGGACGUCUGAAGCAAUGAUGACUAACAUGAUUGUGUUGCUGUGUUUGUCUGCUUUGUUUCCCGUCUUGAUGGGCACUGAUGUGGUCAAAUCUGAUCUUCUUCGUACCAAAGACUGCUCUGAUAUUUAUGCGAGUGGAUAUAGCACCAGUGGCGUGUACACCAUCACCACAAUAGAUGGACCGGUGCAGGUCUACUGUGAGAUGAAGUCUGAUGGACAAAAUAACCAAGGACCCUGGACGGUAAUUCUCAGGCGAAUGGAUGGCGAGGUGAAUUUCUAUAGGCCGUGGAGGAGCUAUAAAUGGGGUUUUGGUAAUAAAGAAGAAGAACACUGGCUGGGUUUAGAGUUUGUUCAUCAGCUGACGCGCAGGUAUCAGUAUAAACUAAGAGUAGAUUUGGAGGACUUUGAUGGGAAUAAGGUUUACGCUGUGUACAAGUCUUUCUCUGUGGGCUCUGAGUCUGAAGGAUACAAACUGCAAGUGAGCGGCUUCGUCAACGGAGGAGCAGGUGACUCUUUAAAUUAUCACAAUGGAAUGAAGUUCUCUACCUAUGACAAAGACCAAGAUAAUCAUUCAACAAUCAAUUGUGCUAAGGACUACGGAGGAGGGUUCUGGUACAAUAAUUGUUAUUACACAAACCCCACUGGUUACUAUUUGUGGGAGAAAGAGAGUACAGUAGUGUCUAAUGGAGCCACUUGGUACAACUGGAAGAACAACUUGAAUUCCCUGAAGUCCAUCACCAUGAAGAUCAAACGUGUGAAUUAGAGCCUUUAUAUGUGCUUCACUGCAGCUUGU